UGGUUUAGGUCUCCCUCUGGUGGAUCUGGGAGAGGUUGGCUUCGCACGCACCUGUCUCAGCUCUGCAAUCGCACACCUGCACCGGAGCCACAAUCACCAGGGGAUAAGAGGGAGAGCCUGACAACCGGCCGACGUCGGAUCGUUACUCACGUCACUUAGACCUGUCUGUUCCUGCACGUGGGAGGACCACCGGGCACCGCGCACUGUCAAGGAGAUCAUCACCCGGGACCCCCUCCUUCACCUGCACCCCUCACGCCCGCUCCUGCUGCACCUCCAGUCGUGUUGAUUAAUAAAGUAUUCACUCACCUCCUGACGGCUGUGUCUGUCCGUUCUGCAUUUGGGUCCAGCCAUGUCCCAACCUGACAGCGCUCAUGUGAUGACUGCUGUGAUGGACUACAUCAGGAGAAGCCAAGCAGAGCUGGCUCGGGUUAUUGAGACAAAGCAGAAAAAAAUUGAAUCAGAGAGAAAUUCCUUAAUUGAAAAACUGGAAGGAGAAAUUCUACAACUGAGGCGAAGAAAAUCUGAGCUUAAUGAGGUUGAAUUCACCAAUGACGCUGUGUGGUCCCUUGAGAACUUCCUGUCCCUUACCUUCACGGAGCCUCAGGUCAAGAACUGGUCUGACGUGACUUUUGACGGCGAUGAGUUCACCGAGCAGGGAGCCGUGGCCGCGCUGGAGAGGGCCGUGACGAAAGAGAUAAAGACGCUGUGUGACCCCGACUGGAAAGAGAUGCGGCGGCACGCUGUGGACGUGACUCUGGACCCGGACACGGCCCACCCUCUCCUCGUGGUCUCUCCAGACGGGAAGCAGGUCGCACGUGGAGACGCAAAGAGGACGCAGCCGAAGAAACCAGAGAGGUUUGAUCACGUCCUUAACGUCCUCGCAAAGGAGGGGUUCUCCUCGGGGAAAUUCUACUACGAGGUCCAGGUUGAAGACAAAAACCACUGGGAUUUAGGAGUUGCAAACCAGUCCAUCAACAGAAAGGGAGACAUCCGCCUGAGCCCCGGAAAUGGCUACUGGACAAUUUACCUAAGAAAAGGAAAGGAGCUAGCGGCCAACGCCGGACCUGCUGCCAACAUCACCGUGAGGCAGACGCCUAAGAAGGUGGGAGUGUUCGUGCAUUACGAGGUGGGCGAAGUCUCCUUUUACGACGGCGACUCCGGGGCUCAGCUCUUCUCCUUCGUCGGGUGGAGCUUCACCGAGAAGCUCUUUCCCUUCUUCAGCCCAUCGGCCAACCAUGGAGACAACAACAACAACAACACAGCCCCGUUGAUCAUCACUCCAGUCAAACCCGGCAGUUGAGUUUUUUUUUGUUUUUUUUGUUUCUGGAUUUGGGAAAACAGAAAGGGGACUUGUUGAGAGGAUCACAGCGCGGCGCUGAAGGGUUUUGAUCUGUGAAGCGCCGACGUGUCGUCAUGUGUCUCCCAUCCAUCAGCGUCGGAGCCGUUGUGUCACCGAGUGUUUGCCCGUCACUCUGAAGCUGCGGAUCUCCAUGGGAACGCACAGGUAGCCAUCAGGUCAAUCAAGACAUAAGUGCACAGUGUGGCGCGACAGUCAUACGCUGAACUGGCUUACAAAAAAAUAAAUCUUCUAAAUCUGAGGGCCAUCAAUUUUGAUGCUUUAAGAGCAAAUGUUUUCAUUGCACUUGUUUUGUUCCUCUGGGGUGACACAUAUCAGGGCAGUUUAGUUUUGACAUGAUGGAUGGGAUCAAUACCGAGAGCCGGUUGCAAACAACUAUUUUUAGGUUCACAAAAUACAGUUUGAUCUAUAUGGGAUUCGCCCGAGGCCAGCAUAUCCAAAAAUGAUUCCUCUAAUGCGGCUCUGUGCGAGAAUUGUUUUCUCCAACGAUCGUGUUGUUAUUGAAUAAAUCAGUCAGCAACAAUGGAGCCUGGCACAGUGUCUUGUAAUUAAAAUCAGCCAAACCUGCUUUCCAAGUUCAAACACAGCAAAUGUGUUUUGGUUAAGAGAGACUUAUGCAAAUCUAUAUUGAGCCAAAGUAUGUUUGCUGGUGGGUAAGAUUUAUUUCCGAUUUGAUCCCGUUUCUUAGAGACAUUUACAUGUUUAUUUUUUCUCCCUCGUAGAACGACGGAAUCAGAAGAAAGAAUAAAUGUUUAUAAUCAUCAUUUUCAGUCAAUUUUGUGCUGAACUGAAUUAUAUUUAUGUCAUUUCAUAACUGAUUCAACAGUGAUGGGUGACAGUUCAAAGGUCAGUGAUGUCGUCCUCAUGAUAGUUAACACAAACAAACAAUUAUAUUUAGUCAGUUUGUUUUCAGGACUU